ACAUAUUGUCGGCAAAUCAGCGAAAGACAACAACUAAAAAACAUUGCCAGCACUUCGAUUUCGGUUUCAGUUUCAGUUGUUUAAUUGCGUCUAGCGGCCAAGGAGCUUUGAUUUUCUGAUUCGAUUCUGAUUGGAACUCUCGCACACCGCACAUCGCGCGCACACACACACACACAUUUAUUAGAAAUAAUGAGUCGAAUGCUAAUUAAACCCGCUGCUGCCACAGUUUCGGCCGCUUUGCAGCAGCAACAGCAACGCCAGCAGCAACAGUACGUUAUUCGCCGCUGGAAAUCGUUCCUGCAGAACAACAACAAUGUCAGUCGACGUGCGGCGAAAACGACUACGACGACGUCGACUGCGGCGGCGGUAGCAACGUCACAGCGUCACGGAAAAAGCGGCGAUUUCAUUCAACCGUUAGACGUCCGCCGUUCCUUUUCAACCAGCCACAAAAUGCCGUCGUCGUCGAAAGCCCUCCAAUUGGAUAACAUAAAUCCCAACUUCAUUGCCAUGGAGUAUGCGGUUCGCGGUCCUUUGGUGAUUCGUGCGGGCGAAAUCGAAAAGGAACUGGAAAAGGGUGCCAAGAAGCCAUUCGACCAGGUGAUCCGUGCCAACAUCGGUGAUUGCCAUGCCAUGGGCCAGCAGCCCUUGACUUUCCUGCGACAGCUGAUGGCUUUGACCUUCGAAAAACGGUUACUCGACUCACCCGAGUAUCCCGAGGAUGUCAAGAAGCGUGCCUGUGCCAUUUUGGAUGGCUGCCAGGGUCAAUCCGUGGGAUCGUACACUGACUCCGCUGGUCUGGAGGUGGUGCGUCGCCAGGUGGCCAACUACAUCGAGAAGAGGGACGGUGGCAUUCCUUGCGAUUGGCAGGAUAUCUACCUAACCGCCGGUGCAUCUCCCGGAAUCAAGAGCAUUCUCUCCAUGAUCAACUCCGAAGUGUGUGGCCAGCAGCCAGGUGUGAUGGUGCCCAUUCCCCAGUACCCUUUGUAUUCGGCCACCAUCUCUGAAUACGGCAUGGCUAAGGUAGAUUACUACCUGGAGGAGGAGACCGGCUGGAGUCUAGGCAGGAAGGAGCUGCAGCGUUCCUACGAUGAGGCCAAGAAGACGUGCAACCCGCGUGCCUUGGUCGUAAUCAAUCCUGGCAAUCCCACCGGACAGGUUCUUACCCGCGAAAACAUCGAGGAGAUUAUUAAGUUUGCCCAUGAGAACAAGGUGCUGCUGCUGGCCGAUGAGGUGUACCAGGACAAUGUCUACGACAAGAACUCCAAGUUCUGGUCGUUCAAGAAGGUGGCCUAUGAGAUGGGCGAACCCUACCGCAGUCUGGAGCUGUGCAGUUUCCUGUCCACCUCGAAGGGUUAUCUGGGCGAGUGCGGCAUUCGCGGUGGCUACAUGGAGGUUCUCAAUCUGGAUCCCAAGGUUAAGGCCAUGCUGACCAAGUCGAUCACGGCGGCGCUCUGCAGCACCACUGCCGGUCAGGUGGCUGUUAGUGCUUUGGUUAACCCACCACAGCCUGGUGAACCCUCCUAUGAACUUUUCAAGAAGGAGCGCGACGAGAUCUUGGCCGCCCUGAAAGAGCGUGCUGAGCUCGUGCACAAGACUCUCAGCAGUUUCGAGGGCUACAAGGUGAACCCCGUGCAGGGCGCCAUGUACGUCUUCCCCCAGAUCGAGAUCCCGCCCAAGGCCAUCGAGGCUGCCAAGGCCAAGGGCAUGGCCCCCGAUGUUUUCUACGCAUUUGAGCUGCUCGAAACGAGCGGCAUUUGCAUUGUUCCUGGCAGUGGAUUUGGUCAGAAGCCCGGCACCUGGCAUUUCCGCAGCACAAUCCUCCCCCAAACGGACAAGCUGAAGCUGAUGAUGGAGAAGUUCCGCGUGUUCCACGCCGAAUUCAUGAAGAAGUACAAGUAGACACAGUCCACGGCCAUCCAUCUGCUGACCACUCCCUGCGCCAUGCUCCCCGUCCCCCCAGCCCUGUGUUAAAAGUGUCGAUCCUUAGGAUUAAAAUAUAAAAUACCAUAACUGUUUUUUUUUUUCUAUCUCUGUUACUCUUUGUGUGUCAUUAACUGAAAGCUUCUUUACUCUUUAUAUAUGAGAAAAUAUAUAUAUAAAAUUGGAAUAACUCCUGAUUUGUAACACACUCCCAAUCCAAGCAGGUUUUAUACGAUCCUACGAUCACGUUUCCAGUUAGCAAUUAACCCAAUUAACUAUAUAUAUAUAGUCUUUGAUUCUGUAUUGAAUUGAUUCUCUUAACAGAGAAGUGACAAUAAUUUUUGUUAAAGCCAAAAGUUGUUUAUUACUUUUUGGUCGGCGCAAAAUUGAAAAAAUUCUGAUAUUGUUCUAGAUGAAAGUUAUUUGCAUUGUGUAAAAGUUUACAUAUUUAUCUAUAUAUAUACCUAUUUAUAGUCUGCAUGUGCUUAUCCCUGAAUCGAUCACGAAAACAUACGAUGUGUGUGCGUUCAAGUCAUUACUAAUUGUUAUAGACAAGAAAAAUAAAUCAAUUUUAUUGUUAAA